AUGGUUUCUAUUCAAUCCACGUUGGCAAUCUUUAUAUUUUUAUUUACUUUGGCAAUAGCUAGUCCGAUUUUACAGUAUCGUCAAGGCAAUGAUUUCCAAGACCCACGCCCCUCUACUGGGAAUAUUGGUGGAGGCGCUUCCACUCAAACGACAGGCUCAGAAUUCGGUGGUAAACCACAAGCUGAAUAA